AUGCAAAUAGGCAUUCCAUCAACUGAAUUCAUAGAAAGAGAGAUAGAGAGAGAGUACCUCUGCAACAGAUUAGAAAAGCAGGAGGAAGAAGAGAAGAGUGUCUCUGACACGGACCUUCGACUGGGUGUGUUGCUUGCUGAGAGUGAGAAUGAGAGAUGGUUGUGUCAGAUUGCUUGUGGUUUUCAGGGGUUGAGCAAGAGGAGAAUCCAAGAGGGGACUCCAGAGUGGGAGAAGAUAGCUAGGGAGGCUGCAAGGACCAUACCAGGAAGAGAAAAUGGUGGGAACUGUGACAUUAAACACCUAAGUACAGGAUCAAAGAUCUACCUUCCUGUAUUCGUAGAGGGAGCAAAUCUAAGUACUGGUGACAUGCACUUUUCUAAGGGAGAUGGUGAAGUCUCAUUCUGUGGGGCAAUUGAGAUGAGCGGCUUUCUCGAUCUCAAGUGUGAAAUGAUAAGGGGUGGAAUGAAAGAGUAUCUGACACCAAUGGGGCCAACUUCACUUCAUGUAAACCCAAUAUUUGAGAUAGGCCCUGUUGAACCAAGAUUCUCAGAAUGGCUUGUCUUUGAGGGUAUAAGCGUUGAUGAGAGUGGGAGACAGCAUUUUCUUGACGCAACUGUGGCUUACAAGCGUGCAGUACUCAAUGCCAUGGACUACCUCUCCAAAUUCGGAUACACCAAAGAACAGGUUUCCUAUAAUUCAUCUCAUAUACCAUAUGUUUUUUACAUGUUUAAGUCUUAAACUCAUGAUAUAGAUUCGAUCCAUUUUGUUUUACACGAAAAAAAAAAAUCUAAAAUAUGCAAAUAGGCAUUCCAUCAAACAUUUGGUGCUCUUACUGAAUUCAUAGAAAGAGAGAUAGAGAGAGAGAGUACCUCUG